AUGACACUUUUCCCCCCCAGGAAAGGAGACCCAGAUUAUUGGAUGAUCUUGUCGUUCUUGUUUGCAACCGAGGAGAUCAACCGGAAUCCCAGGCUCUUAUCCAACAUCACUCUGGGCUACAACAUCCAUGACAAUUAUUUCAGUGCAAGAAUGACUUCGGAUGCCUUGCUGGAUCUGCUUUCCACUGGGCAGACCAAUGUUCCCAACUACAGUUGUGGAAGGAGGAAUCACUUCUUAGCCACUGUGGAAGGGACUGAAUCGGACAUCUCCACCCAGAUUUCAACCAUGUUGGGCAUCUACAAAAUCCCACAGCUUCAAUCUUACCUGAGAAACUCCCAGUUUUACAAUAAUUCUGUAGAUGGAGUGUAUCUGAAUGAGAAUGGAGACCUGGAAUCUGACUUCGACAUUGUGAACUGGCCCCUGCCUCAUUCCAAGUGUGUGGAAACCUGUCGCCCAGGAUUCUGGAAGGUGGUUCAAGAAGGGAAGCCAAUUUGCUGCUAUGACUGUCUUCCCUGCCCAGAUGGAACCAUCUCUAUCCAGGAAGAUUCUGACCAUUGCAAGAAGUGUCCAGAUGAUCAGCAUCCAAACAAGGACCGAGAUCAAUGCGUCCCCAAGAUUAUAACCUUCCUCUCCUAUGAGGAAUAUUUGGGGAUCAUCCUGGCUUCCUUUGCCCUAUUCUUGUCUAUAACCACAGGCUUUGUGUUAGGAAUCUUCAUUAAAAACCUUCACACUCCAGUAGUCAAAGCCAACAACCGGGACCUCUCCUACGUUCUCCUCAUCUCCCUCCUGUUUUCCUUCUCGUCCUCCUUCCUCUUCAUCGGCCAGCCAAGAAAAGCCACCUGCCUCCUCCGACAAACAGCCUUCAGCAUCAUCUUCUCAGUUGCCGUCUCUUCUGUGUUGGCCAAAACAAUCACUGUGGUGCUGGCCUUUCUGGCCACAAAGCCAGGGAACAGGGUGAGGAGAUGGCUGGGGAAGAGGUUGGCCAACACCAUUGUACUUUCCUGUUCCAGUGUCCAAGUUGUCAUCUGCACAAUCUGGCUGGGGACCAAUUCUCCCUUCCCUGUUUCUGACAUGCACUCGCAGCCUGGGCAGAUCAUCCUGCAAUGUAAUGAAGGUUCUGUCGCCAUGUUCUAUGCUGCCCUUGGCUACAUGGGCUUCCUGGCUGCCAUCUGCUUCACGGUGGCCUUCCUUGCCAGGAAGCUGCCUGGGUCCUUCAACGAAGCCAAGCUGAUCACCUUCAGCAUGCUGGUCUUCUGCAGUGUCUGGGUCUCCUUUGUGCCCAACUACCUGAGCACCAAGGGCAAAUACAUGGUGGCCGUGCAGGUCUUCUCCAUCUUGGCCUCCAGUGCUGGGCUUCUGGGCUGCAUCUUUCUCCCCAAGUGCUACAUCAUUGUACUGAGGCCUGAGCUGAAUACAAAGGAACAUCUAACAACAAAAACGAAAGAUGGCACGUGA